AUGCGAUUCAGCUGUGUUGGUGCGCUUCUUGCGCUCGCGGUCGGCGCCGUGGCUCAGAGCCCAGUCCCGUAUACCUCAGUCCCUGCCGACGUCCAGAACUCCGUUCUCAUGGUCCUUGCGACCGCGUUGCCCAAGGAGUCUGUUAGCUAUGCGCUCGCAUCCUCAUCCGAGUUCGCUGCGCAGAUGGCUUCUUCUCUGGCCGCUGGCAACCCACCUGCGUGGUACCAGGCGCUUCCUUCAGAUGUGAAGAGCCUUCUGCCAGCUCUGUACCCUGUCGUCCACAGCGCAACUCCUACUCCCACUCCCUCUACCUCAUCCUCUCUCGCCAUGUCCACGCCCGCCAGCUCUGUCCCUUCCGUCAGUGCCUACCCGACUGGAGGAAACUCCACCAGCGCAUCAGGCGUCCACAUGCCCACUCUCUCUUCAACCGCCUCAGCCUCUGGUCCAGCUCAGGCCACAGCCAACGCCGCAUCGUACCCCGGUGCCGCUCUAGGCGCUGGCGUCGGUGCCGCGCUGGGCUUCAUCGGCAUGCUCGCUCUGUAGAGGUCGAACCCCACAGAACUUCACAUUCUGCUUCUACAAACCAUAUUUUUAACGGGACGAGACAUUCUUAGCGGGCGGCGCUUCCGGUUCUACACGUUCUUUCACGACGCGACGUUGACAUUCUUUGGAGAGAGAGUUUUUGAUCUGCAGUAUACCUUUGUCUUUUGGAGGAAGCACCAGUGGGUACGAUCGUAGUGUCUAUUGCGACGCAAUGGUUUGGCGGCUUGAUGUUUGGAUUGCUACGCGAUGGUCCAUGUGCAGGUAGUUAAGUAAUAUAUAAUAAUCAAAUAUUGUUGUACAAUC